AUGGGGUCAAGGUCCUCUAUUGAUCCGUUUGCAAGCGUAUACGUGGGCAAUCUCACUGACGAGGCCACACCUGAGCUGCUCACAGAGCUCUUUGCCCAGUCCGCGCCCAUUGCCUCGGUCCACCGGCCGGCCGGCGCGAGCUACGCCUUUGUCACCUUUGCUACUGAAGACGGCCCUGCUGCCAUUGUCUACGCCAUCCGCGUCUAUGACGGCCUGUUCUUUGCUGGCUCUCCGCUCAAGGUUCAGCCCAUGCGGAUCGACUCGACGCCAGGCCUGAGAGAGGCUCUUGAUGCCGCAUCGACCGAGGGCUACUUUCAGUUUGCACAACGCGACGCCCAUCAGCGCCUCAACUGGCUUGUCCGGCGAAUCGCAGACAUGGUGGGCACGAUCGGUCUCUAUCCUGAUGCUGCUGCUACGCGGCCGCUCAUGGAUUAA